CGCAGAUACUAUAUAGAAAUUCCCACCCCCGGGUUUUUCGUUUCAAUCUUUAUUUUGAUCUUCAUUUUCCCAAAGAUUUGUUCCUUUGCAUAGACGGCAAGAUUUCUUUUGGUUUCAAUCCAUUCCAAGACAUUCAUUGCUUGAAACGCAGUGCGCACGUCAUUAUCCGUACUAUUGCCUGAACCGGCGGAAAAAAAAAGAGUCACAAGCAAGGCACGCGACUGGGUUGAUCGCUGCCCUAGCCGAGAUAACUUUGACGAAAUUGAUUGGGUUUUUUUGCCAUCUGCGACCCGCCACCCGAAUCGGAGCUUGUCUCGAUAACAACCAACAAGACUCUUCUUUUUCCUCUCCAUCAGCGCCCGACCUGCAACAUCCUUCUCUCUCCUCUCCCUACAUCCUGCAGAGAGAACCGGCCAUCGAACGCAAACAUGAAAGUCUUCUCAAACUCCGUCACCUACGAGUACUCGUGGGACGAGGUCUCAACCGCCAACUGGCGCAAGUACGGCCCGUGGAACAACAAGUCCGAGCACGUCAUCGCCGUCGACACGCUCUCGCGCCAGGUCGAUGCCGCCACCGGCGUCCUGCGCACCGAACGCCUCAUCACAUGCAAGCAGGCCGCGCCCGACUGGAUCAAGUCGCUGCUGGGCGGCAACAUGGAGGAGAGCUUCGUCUACGAGGCCAGCUACGUCGACCCGCAGCGCCAGACGGUCACAAUGGUCAGCCAGAACCUGACGUGGAGCAACCUGGUGCGCGUGCAGGAGGAGGUCGUCUACCGCCCGCUCAGCGAGCACCAGACGCAGUUCACCCAGACGGCGCGCAUCACGGCCCUGUGCGGCGGCUGGCAGCGCAUCAAGAACGGCAUCGAGGACUCGCUGUGCACGCGCUUCAAGGAGAACGCCGUCAAGGGCCGCGAGGGCUUCGAGCGCGUGCUGGAGAUGAGCCGCAUCGUCUUUGCCGAGGAGAAGGAGAGGCUGCAGCAGCAGAAGCUGGCGCUGAUGUAAUUCUGCAUUAUCCAUGCAUCCCACGUCAUCGUCAAUGCUGCUUACCGCUGCCCCCUAUUUCCUCUCCCUGUUUCACGCCAAACCAGCUCAACUCUGCAGCAGCAUAAACAGCACCGUCCACCAUACCCCGGACAACCACUAAAUCCACUCUCCACUAUCACGACCUGUGUUUUUAUUACAUCUUCUCCUUUGUAUGGGAAAGAGACUAUGGCGGGGCACACUUCUUCUUUUUUUUUUUUCUCAUUGCUUUUCUUUUCACGGCGCGGCGUCACGGAUACACAAAAAAUGGGACAGACAUGAUUGAAAGAAACCAGAGGGCCAUGACGGCGAAAGAAUCAUAAAACGGUGGCCAGGAUUAAUGGGCAUUUCGAGAGGGAGAUACCAAUUUCUGCUUUUAGACCAAAAAUUCGGAGACUCGAAGUCAUGAGGUUCUUGCACUUAUUUUCUUUGUUUUCUGAGAGCAUCAAGCAGAAGAUACGAAGAAAGACAGAGCAAACGUCCGCACAGCAUACACAUCUUCUUUUUUUUUUUCU